GGUAUGCUGACUGGCCGGGAUCCUCGCCUCCCGAGCGCAAUACAGCUAUGCGGGAAGCACUUCUUUGGCAGCACGUAUUUUUGGGGGGAUUGGGUAUGAAAACCCAUGUACAUGUUGCGGUGGUGCAAGCUGGGCUGAGAGGUUGCGACACAACGUUCAUGAUGGACGUAGUGUUUGGUACUGCCAAGAAGGGGAAGCCAUUGCCGAUCCUGAUGCGGUGGGACUUUUGCCCGACGCUGAUCACUCCGGGUUUGGUUGCGAAGCCUUCGCUUGCAGUCUGGCAUGAAACAGCACCUUGCUUCCUCACCGGUGUCGUGACGACGGUGACUAAAAUCGCCAUACACGGACGUAUCCCUCUCGAGUGGGCCUGGCCAAACCCUCGGACCUUAACCCUACCUACGGCACGACGGCCCCGGACUCAUCUACAAUGGGCAAUCAAGUCGCCUAGGGUACAGCCAGUCAAGCGUCGAAUGAUGCUGUUCAACGCAUGAUGCAGGUACUUGACGAAGGUCAAGGCGGUGGACCCCACGGACAACUAUGGCAUAUACUCGGACGACGCCAGGGUUCGAAACGAGACUUGGAAAGGAUAUAAUGAAUGGAUCAAAC